ACUCUCUGCAGCACUGUGACUUCAUAAUACAUUUAUUACGAGUAGAAGGCUUUAAACAGGUUUGUUAAACAUACAGGUCUUCUUAUUGUUGAAAUUAAUUUGUACAUCUCGAAUUGGCGAAAUAAAAAAUAAAUAAAAAUUGUACCCUUUAAAACAAAUUAGUUGCGUACACAAAAAUCCAGAAAACAUGGAAAAGUUUCUCAAAACCGUGAUGUUGUUGAUUGCUGCUCCACUCCUUGCACUUGCUUCGGAUUUCGGUUAUCAGUACUCGUACUCUUGUUGGAGGGAUUGUGGGUACUACAAAACACAAGAGUUUUCCUUUUGCAGCAAAUAUCAAAGGGAUUAUUGUUGGGCCCCAUCACGGAGAACAAUUAUGAUUGUCGCUUUAAUUGUCACCAUUAUCGUCGCCAGUAUCCUGAUUUAUUGCUGUCUACGUCGUUGUAACAGGAGGCAGGAAAAAAGUCGACCCACGUCCCCUCCGCCGGGGUCAAUGUGCAUUUGGCAAGCAUAAAUGGAAAGAAUUGGACAGGUAUCCAAUUUAUUGGUGCUUCUAUUCCAACGCAAUCGAAACAAUGUGAACAAAAUUGUUGGUAAUAUUUACACAUCAAGGAGGAAAUUUAUUUAAUCACUGACCAAAAGUACAUGUACAUAGCUCUUCUAUUAUUUUAACACAACAGAGCUCUCUAGAUUAACAUGACAUGAAAAAUAUUUUUAGUAUUUAACAGUGUCUAGAAACUCGAAUUAUUUUUGUGAAAUCUACAAUUAUGUAUACUAUUUAUAAAUGUACAUACAUAAUAUGUAUUCCAAUACAAGUGACAAAACUAUUCAACUAGCAUGGAUCACAUACAAAAUGUUAUACAUAUUUACACAUAGCAAAUGUGCAUAAAAGUAUAUCUACAUAUUUACCAAGAUUUAGUGACACAAUAAAUCAAUUAGAAAAUUCA